GUCUUGUAAUGCAGCCACUGUGGAUAAAAGUGAAUUACUGUGCUUAAUUUACCCUUUUGUCUCCCUUCAGGAUGGAUUGUAGGAAUGCCCCAUGGAAAAUUACAAUCAAACAUCAACUGAUUUCAUCUUAUUGGGGCUGUUCCCACAAUCAAGAAUUGGCCUUUUCGUAUUCACCCUCAUUUUUCUCAUUUUCCUAAUGGCUCUAAUUGGAAAUCUAUCCAUGAUUCUUCUCAUCUUUUUGGACAUCCAUCUCCACACACCCAUGUAUUUCCUACUUAGUCAGCUCUCCCUCAUUGACCUAAAUUACAUCUCCACCAUUGUUCCAAAGAUGGUUUACGAUUUUCUGUAUGGAAACAAGUCUAUCUCCUUCACUGGAUGUGGGAUUCAGAGUUUCUUCUUCUUGACUUUAGCAGUUGCAGAAGCACUGCUCCUGACAUCAAUGGCCUAUGAUCGUUAUGUGGCCAUUUGCUUUCCUCUCCACUAUCCCAUCCGUAUAAGCAAAAGAGUGUGUGUGAUGAUGAUAACAGGAUCUUGGAUGAUAAGCUCUAUCAACUCUUGUGCUCACACAGUAUAUGCACUCUGUAUCCCAUAUUGCAAGUCCAGAGCCAUCAAUCAUUUUUUCUGUGAUGUUCCAGCUAUGUUGACGCUAGCCUGCACAGACACUUGGGUCUAUGAGAGCACAGUGUUUUUGAGCACCACCAUCUUUCUUGUGCUUCCUUUCACUGGUAUUGCAUGUUCCUAUGGCCGGGUUCUCCUUGCUGUCUACCGCAUGCACUCUGCAGAAGGGAGGAAGAAGGCCUAUUCGACCUGUAGCACCCACCUCACUGUAGUGUCCUUCUACUAUGCACCCUUUGCUUAUACCUAUCUACGUCCAAGAUCCCUGCGAUCUCCGACAGAGGACAAGGUUCUGGCUGUUUUCUACACCAUCCUCACCCCAGUGCUCAACCCCAUCAUCUACAGCCUGAGAAACAAGGAGGUGAUGGGGGCCCUGACACGAGUGAUUCAGAAAAUCUUCUCGGUGAAAAUGUAGACAUACGUUCUGUCUUAGAGUCAAAGCGCUAGGUUCAUAUCAACUUAGUAGUGUACAGCAGUGAAGAAAAGCAUUAUUACAUGCCCAGUGUGUCAAA